UUAAACCUCAUCGAAGAAGAAAGAAGCUUGAGCGCAUCUGUUGUCCCUCCGAUUUAUAUCCUCACUCUUUGCUUUUUCUGUCAUUCUGCGCCCCGGCCACCUGCUUGACCAUGGCUCUGUUGAAGUCCAGCAAGGUCAUCUCCAGUAUUGGGACUUUCUCCCCAUCCCUGGGAGUAUUGUCUACCCGUAACAGCUCAUGGUGGGGUGGAGUGCAGAUGGGUCCCCCUGACCCCAUCCUGGGGGUGUCUGAGGCCUUCAAGAGGGACACCAGCCCGAAGAAGAUGAACCUGGGGGUGGGAGCCUACAGGGACGACCACGGCAAACCCUUUGUGCUCGAUUGUGUCCGCAAGGCAGAGGCUCUGAUUGCUUCCAAGCAGUUGGAUAAAGAGUAUCUGGCCAUCGGUGGUCUGGCGGACUUCACCAAGUCCUGCGCUCAGCUAGCCUUGGGGGCUGACAGUGAGGUCCUCAAGAGUGGCAGGAACAUCACUGUCCAGACCAUCUCAGGAACCGGCUCUCUGUGCAUUGGAGCCAACUUCCUGUCUCGUUUCCACAGUGCGUCCCGUGACGUGUACCUGCCCAAGCCCUCCUGGGGGAACCACACACCCAUCUUCAGAGAUGCUGGCAUGCAGCUGAAAGCCUACCGCUACUACGACCCCUCCACCUGUGGCUUCGACUUCAACGGGGCGCUCGACGACAUCUCUAAAAUGCCAGAGAAGAGUGUGAUCAUGCUGCAUGCCUGUGCCCAUAACCCCACCGGUGUGGACCCCAAGCCUGAGCAGUGGAAAGAGAUCGCUGACCUGGUGAAGAAAAGGGACCUGUUGGUGUUCUUUGACAUGGCCUACCAGGGUUUUGCCAGUGGAGAUAUUGAUCGUGAUGCCUGGGCUGUUCGUCACUUCAUCGAGCAGGGCCACAAAAUUGUCCUGUCUCAGUCCUUCGCUAAGAACAUGGGCCUCUAUGGUGAGCGAGUGGGAGGGUUCACUGUGGUGUGUAACGAUGCAGAGGAAGCUAAGAGGGUAGAGUCUCAGCUGAAGAUUCUGAUCCGGCCAAUGUACUCCAACCCUCCAAUGAAUGGAGCCAGAAUCGCUGCCACUAUUCUCAACACACCAGACCUUUAUAAAACCUGGUUGGAGGAGGUCCACGGCAUGGCCAACCGCAUCAUCAAGAUGAGGGAGCAGCUGGCGGCCAACCUGAAAAACGAGGGCUCCACUCUCGACUGGCAGCAUGUCAUCGACCAAAUCGGCAUGUUCUGCUUCACAGGCCUCAAGCCUGAACAGGUUGAGCGUCUGACUAAGGAGUUUUCAGUGUACAUGACCAAGGAUGGUAGAAUCUCCAUGGCAGGCGUCACUUCCAGCAACGUGGGAUACCUAGCGCAUGGAAUCCACGCCGUCACUAAGUAAAAAGGAGAAUGCUGGGAGAAACAGCGGGGUACGGUGGUGCUGGACACAAUCCAAAUGAAAAUAACUGAAAAAUAGCAUUUUGUGUCAUUUUACUCUCCCUGCCCUCUCCACCCAGACUGUCAAUUGUUCAACUUUGACCUCAACCCUCCUCGCGGUAGGGAUGUUGUUUAAAUGGUUAGUUCCCUGUGACCUCCCCAAUGAGGCCACCAUGUCAAAGGUUGUUUAGUGAUGGUCCAAUGAUCUGCCCUACAUUUGACUAAUGAGCUGAUGUCUCUCUUCUACGCUUAUUUAUUGUAUGUCAAAGGUUAAUAUUAAUUAACUUAAUAAAUGGCUUAAUAAUGACAGGUUAACAUUGUAUUUUAAACCUACUCUGCCUGCUGUGGUCCAAAUUACUGUAAGGCUACAGAUGAGUUUACCAACACUUAGGCUCUGUUGUGUGUGUGUGAGAAUUGUGAACUCUUGUCUGUCAUUGCAUAUUUCUGUAGGAUAUGAAAGUUCAACGUUUCCUCAACAUCAGUAGAGUAGCAGAAAACAAUUAGUUAUAAGAUGGUGCCAGACAAUCUUUAGAUGAGAUACAGUCAUUGAUAUUUUAAUAUGCUUUAGAAAUGGACAAUAAUGUAUGAUCAUUCAGUCCUUUCACUCAGCCUCUCUUGCAUUUCCACUUGCAUUAUCUUGUCUUCAAUACUCACUAUAAAUAAUUAUAUUACUGUAAA